GAUGUCUCGUGCGCCCUGGGCUAUUUCCCCUGCGGUAACACCACCAAGUGCUUGCCUCAGCUGCUCCACUGUAACGGCGUGGACGACUGCGGGAACCAGGCGGACGAGGACAACUGUGGAGACAACAAUGGAUGGUCUAUGCAACUUGACAAAUAUUUUGCCACUUACUACAAAAUGACUUCCCGGUAUCCGUUUGUGGCAGAAACAUCUGAAUGCUCUUUUCGUUUCUUUCUUUUCAUUACCCUGCUGUCCCUGGUCCCUCAUCAUCCCCAUUCCUUACUGCUUCCUCUUUAUUCAGUGGUCGGUUCUGUGCCCGUGCAAUGUCUUUGCCGAGGGUUAGAGCUUGACUGUGAUGAGACCAAUUUACGAGCUGUUCCAUCAGUUUCUUCAAAUGUGACUUUAAUGUCACUUAAGUGGAACUUAAUAAGAAAGCUUCCUCCUGAUGGCUUCAAGAAGUAUCAUGAUCUUCAGAAGCUGUGCCUACAAAACAAUAAGAUUAGAUCUGUGUCCAUCUAUGCUUUCCGAGGACUGUACAGUCUUACUAAACUAUAUCUCAGUCAUAAUAGAAUAACCUUCUUGAAGCCGGGUGUUUUUGAAGAUCUCCACAGACUAGAGUGGCUGAUAAUUGAAGAUAAUCACCUCAAUCGAAUUUCCCCACUAACAUUUUAUGGACUAAAUUCUCUUAUUCUCCUAGCACUGAUGAAUAAUGUCCUUACCCGCUUGCCUGACAAACCUCUUUGUCAGUAUAUGCCCAGAUUGCACUGGCUGGACUUUGAAGGCAACCAUAUCCAUAAUUUAAGAAAUCUGACUUUUAUUUCCUGCAGUAAUUUAACUGUUUUGGUAAUGAGGAAAAACAAAAUUAAUCACCUCAAUGAAAAUACGUUUGCACCACUCCAGAAACUAGAUGAAUUGGAUUUAGGAAGUAAUAAGAUUGAAAAUCUUUCACUGCAUGUCUUUAAGGAUCUGAAGGAGCUCUCACAAUUGAAUCUUUCCUAUAACCCAAUCCAGAAAAUUCAAGCAAACCAAUUUGAUUACCUUGUCAAACUCAAGUCUCUCAGCCUAGAAGGAAUUGAAAUUUCAAAUAUCCAACAAAGGAUGUUUAGACCUCUCAUGAAUCUCUCUCACAUCUAUUUUAAGAAAUUCCAGUACUGUGGCUAUGCACCGCAUGUUCGCAGCUGUAAACCAAACACUGAUGGAAUCUCAUCUUUAGAGGACCUCUUGGCAAGCGUUAUUCAGAGAGUAUUCGUCUGGGUUGUGUCUGCAGUUACAUGCUUUGGAAAUAUCUUUGUCAUCUGCAUGCGACCUUAUAUCCGGUCUGAGAACAAGCUGCAUGCCAUGUCAAUCAUUUCUCUCUGCUGUGCCGACUGCCUGAUGGGAAUCUACUUGUUUGUGAUUGGAGCCUUUGACCUGAAGUUUCGAGGCGAAUACAACAAGCACGCUCAGCUGUGGAUGGAGAGUAUUUAUUGCCAGCUUCUGGGAUCCCUGGCCAUUCUGUCCACAGAAGUAUCCGUGUUACUUUUAACAUUUCUGACAUUGGAAAAAUAUAUCUGCAUUGUAUAUCCUUUUAGAUGUUUAAGACCUGGAAAAUGCAGAACCAUCACAGCUUUGAUUCUCAUUUGGAUUAUCGGGUUUAUCGUGGCUUUCAUCCCACUAAGCAAUAAGGAAUUUUUCAAAAACUACUAUGGCACCAAUGGAGUAUGUUUCCCUCUUCAUUCAGAAGAUACAGAAAGCAUUGGAGCCCAGAUUUAUUCAGUUGCAAUUUUUCUUGGUAUUAACUUAGCAGCAUUUAUCAUCAUAGUUUUUUCCUACGGAAGCAUGUUUUACAGCAUCCAUCAAAGUGCCAUAACAGCAACUGAAGUACGGAAUCAAGUUAGAAAGGAGAUGAUCCUUGCAAAACGGUUUUUCUUUAUUGUAUUUACUGAUGCAUUAUGCUGGAUACCCAUCUUUAUACUGAAAUUUCUCUCAUUGCUUCAGGUAGAAAUACCAGGUACCAUAACUUCUUGGGUAGUGAUUUUUAUUCUGCCUAUCAACAGUGCUUUGAACCCAAUUCUCUAUACUCUGACCACAAGACCAUUCAAGGAAAUGAUCCAUCAGUUUUGGUAUAACUACAGACAGAGAAGAUCUAUUGACAGCAAAGGAAGUCAGAAAACAUAUGCUCCAUCAUUCAUCUGGAUAGAAAUGUGGCCCCUGAAGGAGAUGCCUUCUGAGUUAAUGAAGCCAGCGCUUUUCACAGACCCCUGUGAAUUGUCACUCAUUUCUCAAUCAACUAGACUCAAUUCCUAUUCAUAA